AGCAGCGCGCGACUCAUAUUUCACACUGAAGCGCGAGAGUCGACCGCCACACACUGGAUGUACCUGCUGAAGAAACACCUUUCAAGAGACACAGGGUGGAAAAUGGGGCACUUCAGUUCUCAACUUGCAAUCUAACAGGGGAAUUGUUGCUUGUUGCAGAGUCUGGAUCUCUGAUAUGGCAGUGGACGCGGCCUCUAGUUUUACUUUUUGUCGCCCUGCGGUGGAGUACAGGGCUCUUCCUGAGGACUUCAAGUACCAGUUAAGUCGUUGUGCAGGUGGAAACCUUACCUGGCAUGAAGGGCACAACCGCAAAACUGCAGGCGGUCGAACAGUCAAACUACUGCAGCAGCCUGGAACAGAAGGACUUCAGUUACGUUCAGGUGAAUCUUACUCCGUUUACCACACCAGCCCCACCUUGCCGUGUCUCUCCAGGCCAGUGGUUUUGUGGUCUCAGCAGGACGUGUGCAGAUGGCUGAAGAAACACUGUCCGCACAACUACUUGACCUAUGUGGAAGCCUUCUCCCACCACGCCAUUACAGGCCGCGCUCUCUUGAGAUUGAAUGGUGAGAAGUUGGAGCGGAUGGGUUUGGUUCAGGAGACUCUGAGACAAGAGCUUCUCCAGCAGGUUCUGCAACUGCAAGUACAAGAGGAAGGGCGCAACUUACAGCUGCUAAGCAGAGGGCUCUCUGGAAACCUGUCAUAGCUUCACCCAUGCGUGUGGUUCUUCUUCCAGACCGCCUGCACUCUGAAGGGACAUCAAUAUGUCUGGUCAGGUUGAGGCCAGAGACAUUUGACUGGAGCUGUCAGGGACUGGGAUACACAGGGACCGGUUUCACUUACACCGCUCAACCCCCAAAUCCUUAUCAUGCUUAUGGAAACCUUAAAAAAAAAAGGAGCUUUCUCUAACACCCAUUGAUUUAUCUACCCCAGAUCUGCUUCAAAAUGCAAACACAAGAUGCAGAGGAAUGCUGAAUCUAUAUCUGAUGAAGGUGGACGCAGCUGUCUGUGCCAAAGCUCCCUGGAUUUCACAAAAUCUCUGAUCCAGUUGAAAGAGGCUCAGUGGUAACCUGGAUGUCUGGUAAUGCUAUCAGUAUGUGCAAGAACUACAAAAACAUUUUGCCUGUAGAAAACUGGAUUGUUGACUAUUUUCUGCUGGAAUGUGAACAUGUCCAUCAAGACUAUUGCAUAAUCAAUUGUAUUAGUAUUAUAUUUCCUGUAGUAUCUCUUUUUUUCAUCAGAGAUGCACCUAAACCUCCAUUUUCUGACAUCUGGCUAUAGGAUGUAUGGGUUGAUUGUUUCUUUUUAGUUUCUUCUGUUAAGAGAUUCUGUUUCUGAGAAUGAAGAGAUAAAAUGCGUCCAAACUAGUUUGACCGUAUGAUAAUGACAACAGCAUUUACACUGAAAUGAUAAGCAUCUUUGGACACAGAGGCUGUAUUUAUGUUAUGUAAAUUACAAAGCUCUUUAAGCCUGGGAGAAUCGCAGAUGACAGAUGUGAAGUUAAGGCAAACACAUGACAUUCUCCAUUGUUCCCUUAAAAAGAGACUCGGGUUAGGACUUGCCUGAGAGACUGUUUAAAAAAACAUCAAAAGAUCAAGAUUAUAAAGUGAGAAAACUUGAAGGUGGUUGUAGACAAUGAAACUGUACCCCAGCAUUAUUGAGUGGUGUGUCAUUUUAAGUAAUGAUAGGAGCUUGGUAUUUUAACAUGGAGUGGUAAGUGUUGUGACACCAUGACUCAGUUUGAUUGGGAAAUGCAUUGAUGUGUAAGAUUUUUAUUUUAAAGCACAGAAAUUAGGAAAAUGUUUUUAAGCCACGUUCAAAUAACACGAUGUGCUUUUACCCAAGGGCAGAACUGUUUGUGUUUUAAAUCUGGAUUGUACUGUACAUUCCUUGAAUGCUUUUUUUUUUCACAUUUGCUGAUGACGUAUUAAAAUCAAAUUUGCAUUUUGCAAUUUACAGUUAUGGGAUUUAUAAUUCAUAGUUGCAAUAUGUGUUUGAGUAACACAUAAGUUGGUUUUAUUUAGUAAACAAAUGUGGAUAAUCUUUAUCAUUUAAAAUAAAAAUAUUGUUAUUUUUUGUCUAAAAUAAAAAAAGUCAAAAAAUGUGCCAUGUUUUAGGCAUGUCACCUACAUUUUUAGACAAUACACCAGUGCUUUUACUUCAGAAAAUACACUCACAGGCCACUUUAUUAGGUACACCUGUCCGUUAAUGCAACUGCUUGUAAGCGCUAAUUUCUAAUCAGCCAAACAGAUGGCAGCAACUCAAUGCAUUUAGGCAUGUAGAGAUGGUUAAGAUGAUCUGCUGCAGUUUAAACUGAGCAUCAGAAUGGCGAAGAAGGGGGAUUUAAGUGACUUUGAACUUGGCAUGGUUUUUGGUGCCAGAUGGACUGGUCUGAGUAUUUCAGAAACUGCUGAUCUACUCGGAUUUUCACGCACAACCAUCUCUAGGGUUUGCAGAGAAUGGUCCGAAAAAGAAAAUAUCCAGUGAGUGGCAGUUCUGUGGGCACAAAUGCCUUGUUGAUGCCAGAGGUCAGAGGAGAAUGGCCUGACUGGUUAGAGCUGACAGAAAGGCAACAGUAACUCAAAUAACCACUCCUUACAAAGAACAACACGUCGAACCUUGAGGCAGAUGGGCUACAGCAGCAGAAGACCACACCGGGUGCCAAACGAGGUAUGCAGAAGAGCAUAUUUGAAAGCAUAACACGUCAAACCUUGAGGCAGAUGGGCAACAGCAGCAGAAGAUGGGCUACUUUUUUCUACUUGAAAGAACAUGGCCAACAGCAGCAGCACCAGGUGCCACUCCUGUAAGCUAAGAACAAGAGACUGAGGCUACAAUUCGCACAGGCUCACCAAAUUGGACAAUAGAAGAUUGGAGAAAUGUUGCCUGUUCUGAUGAGUUCUGAUUGCCUGUCUUCGAUUUCUGCUGUGACAUUCAAAUGGUGGGGUCAGAAUUUGGCAUAAACAACAUGAAAGCAUGCAUCCAUCCUGCCUUCUAUCAACGAUUCAGGCUGAUGGUGGUGGUGUAAUGGUGUAGGGGCAUUUUUCUUGGCACACUUUGGGCCCAUUAGUACCAAUUGAGCAUUGUGUCAACGCCACAGCCUACCUGAGUAUUGUCGCUGACCAUGUCCAUCCCGUAAUGGCCACCGUGUACCCAUCUUGUGAUGGUUGAUGGCUUCUAACAAAUCUGCAGCAACUGCGUGAUGCUAUCAUGUCAAUAUAGACCAAAUUCUCUGAGGAAUAUUUCCAGUACCUUGUUGAAUCUAUGCCACAAAGGAUUAAGGCAGUUCUGAAGGCAAAAGGGGGUCCAACCCGGUACUAGUAAGGUGUACCUAAUAAAGUGGUCAGUGAGUGUAUACUAUCAACAUUUUAUAGAGUAACUUUGAUUUUUAGUCAUAACAAAUGAACACAUUUGUUUUUUUACCAAUUCUGCAAAGAAUGCUGAAUGACAAUAGUUUUAUUUAAAAUGAUUUGUGACCUUCAAAGAAUUAGAUAAAUAAGAUUUUACUCAAACCCAUAACUAAUAAAUGUAUUUCUAAAUUUGCUAAAGCAGUCCUAUAAUUUGUUUCAUACAUAUCAUUGGUUUCCAGACCUACAGGAGCAGUAGACUGUUCUAAUGGAUUGCAAACAUUCUUAAUUUGAUUAUUGAUCUUGCCAUUUUAAAUUAUUAAGUGUAUAUUUGUAUUUACCAUCACAUCCAAAUGAUUUUGCUUCCUACAUUUUACAUUUAAAUUAUUUCUAUUCUAACACAGAAUGCUUGUGAUCUUUAUACAAAUGUUUUUUUUUCUGUUCCUUUUUUUACUUUGUUUGUAUGUGUGUGUGUGUGUGUGUGUGUGUGUGUGUGUGUGUGUGUGCGUGUGCGUGUGUGUGUGCGUGUGUGUGUGAGAGAGAGAGAGACGGGGGAAUUAGUUCAGAGACAAACAAUACCACAAACAAGCUGCAGCUUUUGCUGUUUUGUGCUUUUUAUUUAAAAUAAAGUAUGCCUGCACAACUUUAAUCAGAA